AUGCUAAGAAUUCUUAUCCUACAGGCUUUCGUGUGCACCAUGUGCAUUGCUUAUCCAUCAUACAUCUUCGUUCCAGCUGCCCUUCGACCAAAACGAGCAUUCGACCGUGUAGAAAUAGGAGCCUUCGGCUUGGACAAACGUUCUUUUGAUCGCUUGGAAGGUUCAGCUGGGGACUUCGGUCUUAACAAGCGGUCUGUAAGCGGAGCUUUCGAUAGAUUAGAUUUUGCUGAUUUCGGUCUGCGACGUAAGCGAGCUUUUGAUAGAAUUGCUCGUUCUGAGUUCGGCUUGAGACGGAAGCGUUCUUUCGAUCGUUUGGCUCGAUCAGAGUUCGGUUUAAUUAAAAGGAAUGAUCCGGAAAUGAGCAGUUCGUUGUUUGAAGAUGAUGAAGAUCGUUUUGAUAGAGAAGAAGCCGUACGUGAUUUAGCCAAAUCCAUAAUUUCUCUACGUCAUCAACAAGAACAACAACAUCCCAUUGAACAACAGCAGCCAUCUGAUCAGCUCCAAUAA